GGUUUCUUGCAAAAGACAAACUGUUCAAAAAUUCACUUUUACCUCCAUCUCCAUUCGCGCCGGUUGCAAGUCUUACUCUAUACAACGUAAUUUAAAAUGAAGCCGCAAUACAAAGUUGCUGACAUUAGUCUUGCUGAAUGGGGUCGCAAAGCCAUUAUCAUCGCUGAGAAUGAGAUGCCUGGUCUGAUGGCCAUUCGCAAGAAGUAUGGGCCACAAAAGGUGCUGAAGGGUGCGCGUAUUGCUGGCUGUCUGCAUAUGACAGUACAAACGGCGGUAUUAAUAGAAACCCUCACAGAAUUGGGCGCAGAGGUUCAGUGGUCAAGCUGUAAUAUAUUCAGUACCCAAGAUCAUGCUGCUGCAGCUAUUGCCAAGACGGGAGUACCAGUCUAUGCUUGGAAAGGUGAAACCGAUGAAGAAUACUUAUGGUGCAUUGAACAGACCUUAGUCUUCUCAGAUGGAAAGCCGUUGAACUUGAUUCUCGAUGAUGGUGGUGAUUUGACCAACUUGGUGCAUGAAAAGUUCCCACAGUACCUGAAGGACAUCAAGGGUUUGAGCGAAGAAACUACAACCGGUGUGCACAAUUUGUAUAAAAUGGUGAAGGAGGGACGUCUCGGUGUGCCAGCCAUCAAUGUCAACGAUUCGGUGACCAAGAGCAAAUUCGAUAAUCUGUAUGGUUGUCGCGAGUCGCUAAUUGAUGGUAUUAAACGUGCCACCGAUGUGAUGAUUGCUGGCAAAGUGUGCUGUGUUGCUGGUUAUGGUGAUGUGGGCAAAGGUUGUGCCCAAGCGUUACGUGGUUUCGGCGGACGAGUCAUUGUCACGGAAAUCGAUCCCAUAAUUGCUUUGCAAGCGGCUAUGGAAGGCUAUGAAGUGACCACCAUGGAGGAGGCAUGCAAAGAAGCCACCAUCUUCGUAACAACAACUGGUUGCAAGGACAUCAUCACUGGCGCACAUUUCGAACACAUGCCCGACGAUGCGAUCGUUUGUAACAUUGGUCAUUUCGAUUGUGAAAUCGAUGUCGCCUGGUUGAAUGCCAAUGCCAAGGAGAAGAUUAAUGUCAAACCACAAGUCGAUCGUUAUACCCUUUCCAACGGCAACCAUAUUAUUCUCUUGGCUGAAGGACGCUUGGUCAAUUUGGGCUGUGCGCAUGGUCAUCCCAGUUUCGUGAUGUCCAACUCGUUCAGUAAUCAAGUGCUGGCACAAAUCGAAUUGUGGACCAAGGCUGACAAAUACAACGUAGAUGUACAUAUGUUGCCAAAAAUACUCGAUGAAGAGGUCGCCAGUCUACAUUUGGAGAAAUUGGGCGUGAAGUUAACCAAAUUGAGUGACGAGCAAUCCAAAUACUUGGGUGUGCCCAAAACUGGUCCAUUCAAACCCGAUCACUACAGAUACUAGAAAAAAUAUGGCUUCCGCAUCAUAGAGGUAUACAUAUUAACGCUGAGGAUUGAAUUUUUUUUUACAAAUAAUGGGUUCUGUUGUAAUUUGAGUUACGAAGCAUUUAUAUUAAUGAAAUAAAGUUUACGAGAGAUAUGUUGAUGACAGUCACGUAA